AGUAUACUAUGAUCAUAACGAUAAUCUGAAUUCCAAGGGCAUGGCUAGCGAACGUGACAUGUUCUCAGCGGAGAUCGUGAACCGUGGGAUUGAAUCAACGGGACCGAACGCCGGAUCGUUGACGUUCUCGGUGAGGGUUCGGAGGAGGUUACCGGAUUUUCUUCAGUCGGUGAAUCUAAAGUACGUGAAAUUGGGGUACCAUUAUCUCAUAAACCAUGGCAUAUACUUGUUCACCAUACCAGUUCUUCUGGUGGUGUUCAGUGCGGAGGUUGGUAGUCUGAGCAAAGAGGACCUGUGGAAGAAGCUUUGGGAAGACGCGCGUUACGACCUCGCCACCGUUCUCGCUUCCUUUGGCGUCCUCGUUUUCACCUUCUCUGUUUACUUCAUGUCCAGGCCACGUCCCAUUUAUCUCAUUGAUUUUGCAUGCUAUAAACCCCAAGAUGAACUCAAGGUAUCUCGGGAGCAAUUCAUGGAGGUAGCAAGGAGGUCCGGGAAGUUCGACGAAGGGAGUCUGGAGUUCCAAAAGAGGAUGCUAAUGUCGUCGGGAAUCGGCGACGAGACAUACAUCCCAAAGGCGGUGAUAUCCUCCGCCGAGAACACGGCCACCAUGAAGGAGGGCCGCGCGGAGGCCUCGAUGGUGAUGUUCGGAGCCCUGGACGAGCUCUUCGAGAAGACACGUGUCCGGCCAAAGGACGUGGGAGUCCUGGUCGUCAACUGCAGCAUCUUCAACCCCACGCCGUCGCUGUCGGCCAUGAUCAUCAACCACUACAAGAUGAGAGGGAACAUCCUCAGCUACAACCUCGGUGGCAUGGGGUGCAGCGCCGGCAUCAUAGGCGUGGAUUUGGCCAAAGAUAUUCUUCAGGCCAACCCUAAUAACUAUGCGGUUGUCGUCAGCACUGAGAUGGUGGCCUUCAACUGGUACCAGGGGAAGAAUAGGUCUAUGCUUAUUCCAAAUUGUUUCUUUCGCAUGGGUUGCUCUGCGCUUUUGCUUUCUAACCGCCGUCGUGACUAUAGCCGCGCCAAGUACCGUCUUGAGCACGUCGUUCGCACUCAUAAAGGUGCCGAUGACCGUAGCUUCAGGUGUGUGUACCAAGAGGAAGAUGAGCAAAAACUGAAGGGACUAAAGAUCAGCAAAGACCUAAUUGAGAUUGGUGGUGAUGCCCUAAAAACAAACAUCACCACACUAGGACCCUUGGUGCUACCCUUUUCUGAGCAGCUCCUCUUCUUUGGCACCCUUGUGUGGAGGCACUUGUUUGGCAGCAAAAGUGAUGGAAACUCACCAUCAAUGAAGAAGCCAUACAUCCCUGACUACAAACUGGCUUUUGAGCACUUUUGUGUGCAUGCUGCAAGCAAGACCAUUCUUGAUGAGCUUCAAAGGAACUUGGAACUAAGUGACAAGAACAUGGAGGCAUCAAGGAUGACACUGCACCGCUUUGGCAACACUUCUAGCAGCAGCAUUUGGUAUGAGUUGGCUUACAUGGAAGCAAAGGAGAGUGUGAGAAGAGGAGACCGUGUUUGGCAACUAGCAUUUGGCUCAGGCUUCAAGUGCAACAGUGUGGUUUGGCGUGCCAUGCGACGAGUCACCAAGCCUUCUAGGAACCCUUGGCUUGACUGCAUCAACAGAUACCCUGUUGUUUGAAGGCACUGCUAUUAUUAUUAUUAUUAUUAAUCAACUAGUUACAAUGUCAUGUGAUGAAAUCUAUGGUUAUUAGGAUCAAUAAGGGUAGUUCUAAGUUGGUCUUUAAAUUUCAAGCUGCAUGCAUGCUUUCGGUUUCUUUCCUCAUUUUAUUAUUAUUAUUAUUCCUGGCUUGGAAUUGUAUACUUUUAAUUCCUCAUCAGGCAUAUGGCUGCCUCCUUGUUUCUUUGUCUCCUUAUAGGAUGAUUGAUAUCAAACUUGAUGAAUGACUAUUACCUUUAAGUCAAUGCUACUA